CAAUGUACUCACCAAUUCCUGUCAGCUCUAAUCUAUAUGAGACGAAGAGGCUAAGAAUUUGGGAAAGAACCAUCACUGGCUACGUAGGAGAGCAGGAGAGGUGCUUGAGGAAUGUAAAUUAUUAGGUUCUCGUGAGUGAUUUGAUUUCGUUUUGUGCAUAUCGCGAAACUGUUGCAGGACGCCCCGCGGUGCGUCGGGUAGUUUUAAGCUAAGCAGACGGCAAAAUUGCGAACCUGCAAUGGUUGCCUUUUCGACUUGGCUUCGCUAUGCUGUAAUUAAGUUCGAGUACUCCGUCUACAUCAGCUGGAAGAAUUAUCAUAUGGGACAAAUAAAUGCAAAACAGUUCAAUGAUUCAGUGUGGAAAGGUUUUUUCCAGGGAAAGCUAACUUUCUUGCACUGGCAUAGAGGACGAGAAAUGGAGCCGACAUUACCAGAAGGAGGAAAUCUUCUUGUUAGAAAAAUGAUCUAUCCAGUCCCAACGCAAGUCUUCAUUGGAGAUGUUGUUGUAAUGAAAGAUCCUGAGAAGCCCAAUGAUUGCCUCGUGAGAAGAUUGGCUGCUGUAGAAGGAUAUGAGAUGGCCUCCAAAAAUGAAAAAGAUGAACCAUUUAUUUUAGAGAAGGAUCAAUGUUGGGUGUUGUCGGAUGAUGAAUCCUUGAAGCCAAAGGAAGCAAGAGAUAGCCGAUUGUUUGGUCCAGUUCCUAUGAGUGACAUUCUUGGACGAGUCAUAUAUGCUAUGAGAUCUGCUGUUGAUCAUGGGCCAGUGCAGAAUAGUCAUCUGGCCAUGGAUAAAGACACUUCCGUGUUGUCUGUUGAGUUGGAUGUUGAUGAGAUGGCAAAGAAUCUCAAAACAUAAAGCAUGAACUGGUAUCUCACUUUCAUUGGAUUCAAGACUUUUCUUUGUCGCAUGAAGAGUAAUGCUAGGAAAGCCAAUAUCAUGUUCUUUUACACCGAACCAAAGUUGGGUUGAGGAAGAUUGUCGAAUUCUUGUUGAUUUAAAAUAUUAGCCUGACACUCAAUGAUUUAAUUCUAAGUUUAUUUUUUAGGUCCUGUUGUGCGCUUUACUGUCUGAUUCGAAGGAACUAUAAUGAACUCUUAAGUUAUAGGCCAAGUGUUUCUGGUUAACUGAGGUCACAAAGCUGGAGUUAUUAUUGUAUUUCUUUUCUUCAUGUCAUUUAGUUUUGUACCUCAAGCUUCUUUACUGUCUGAUCCAUCUCGACCUUGGCAUGUACUUCCUAUUGUAGUUAUCUAUUAUCAUGCAGAGUACUAGCUGAGCUCAUGAUUAAUAA